AUGGGCAUUAAUGAUGACGUGGAGGUGUACAUUUGGGAGGUGACCGUCCGUGAAGAAUGCGAAGCCCACGGUUUUGAUCAGGAAGUUUAUAGUUCCUGGCGCCAUGCUUUUCGUAUGUAUCUUUGGUCUUUGGUGAUACAAGUCAAAAGAUGUUGGGACAGGCUUAAGAAUUGGUUGGCUGCCAAUUUUCCUGAAGUAUUGGGCACCGUACGUAAUGGUGCAUCUGAGGAAGAAAUUAAGACUUUAGAGGUGACGUUACAAGUAAAACUGCCUCUUCCGGCAAGGGUUCUUUACCGUUUUUGUGAUGGCCAAGGACUUGAUGUUGAUGACUCUAGUGGAAGUGUGGAAAAAUCUUUGUUUGGUUUGAUUGGAGGCUACUCAUUCUAUAGACACCUUGUAAAUGUGUUUUUAUUACCACCUCUGAUAAUUACAUUUGGGGAAUGCAUUAUGGGUUUGUCCAAUGAUUAA